UGCCUCCUUGAGCUCCUCUCAUCUGCCCCUGGAGUCCGGUCGUCUCCUGCUCCCCUCGGCUUCCCAGAGCCCCCUCCUUAUGGCAGUAGCCUCCCGCGUCUCCGGCGCAGCCUCUCAGCGCACGACCCUCUCGCUCCCGGGGCUGAGCCGGGUCACUGGAUGUUGCUGAAACUCUCGAGAUCAUGCGCGGGUCUGGCUGCUGCUUUCCCGUCGGGUGCCACUGCCACCGCCGCUGCCUGUGCUGCCGCUGUCCGCGGGAUGCUCAGUAGCCCGCUGCCCGGCCCCUGCGAUAGUGUGUUCUCCGGAAGCCGUUUGCUGCUGCAGAGUUGCGCGAACUAGUCAUGGUGCUGUGGGAGUCCCCGCGGCAGUGCAGCAGCUGGACACUUUGCGAGGGCUUUUGCUGGCUGCUGCUGCUGCCGGUGAUGCUACUCAUCGUAGCCCGUCCGGUGAAGCUCGCGGCUUUCCCUACCUCCUUAAGUGACUGCCAAACGCCCACCGGCUGGAACUGCUCUGGUUACGAUGACAGAGAAAAUGAUCUCUUCCUCUGUGACACCAACACGUGUAAAUUUGAUGGGGAAUGUUUAAGAAUUGGAGACACUGUGACUUGCGUCUGUCAGUUCAAGUGCAACAGUGACUAUGUGCCUGUGUGUGGCUCCAAUGGGGAGAGCUACCAGAAUGAGUGUUACCUUCGGCAGGCUGCGUGCAAACAGCAGAGUGAGAUACUGGUGGUGUCUGAAGGAUCAUGUGCCACAGAUGCAGGAUCAGGAUCUGGAGAUGGAGUCCAUGAAGGCUCAGGAGAAACCAGUCAAAAGGAGACAUCCACCUGUGAUAUUUGCCAGUUUGGUGCAGAAUGUGAUGAAGAUGCCGAGGAUGUCUGGUGCGUGUGCAACAUUGACUGUUCUCAAACCAACUUCAAUCCCCUCUGUGCUUCUGAUGGGAAAUCUUAUGAUAAUGCAUGUCAAAUCAAAGAAGCAUCAUGUCAGAAACAGGAGAAAAUUGAAGUCAUGUCGUUGGGUCGAUGUCAAGAUAAUACAACUACAACUACUAAAUCUGAAGAUGGGCAUUAUGCAAGAACAGAUUAUGCAGAGAAUGCUAACAAAUUAGAAGAAAGUGCCAGAGAACACCACAUACCUUGCCCAGAACAUUACAACGGCUUCUGCAUGCACGGGAAGUGCGAACAUUCUAUCAAUAUGCAGGAGCCAUCUUGCAGGUGUGAUGCUGGCUAUACUGGCCAACACUGUGAAAAAAAGGACUACAGUGUUCUCUACGUUGUCCCCGGCCCUGUGCGAUUUCAGUACGUCUUAAUCGCAGCUGUGAUUGGAACGAUCCAGAUUGCUGUCAUCUGUGUGGUGGUCCUCUGUAUCACAAGGAAAUGCCCCAGAAGCAACAGAAUUCACAGACAGAAGCAAAAUACAGGGCACUACAGUUCAGACAACACAACAAGAGCGUCCACGAGGUUAAUCUAAAGGGAGCAUGUGGCACAGUGGCCGGACUACCGAGAGCUUGGACUACACAAUACAGUAUUAUAGACAAAAGAAUAAGACAAGAGAUCUACACAUGUUGCCUUGCAUUUGUGGUAAUCUACACCAAUGAAAACAUGUACUACAGCUAUAUUUGAUUAUGUAUGGAUAUAUUUGAAAUAGUAUACAUUG